CAGGGGCACGGGCCCGGGAGGAGGCGGAGGAGCCGCGCUCCCUUCCACCUUCCCCUCCCGCCUCCCCCUCCCGCCAUGGCCGACAACGAGAAACUGGACAACCAGCGGCUGAAGAACUUCAAGAACAAAGGCCGCGACCUGGAGACUAUGAGAAGACAAAGAAAUGAAGUUGUUGUGGAGCUGAGAAAGAACAAAAGAGAUGAGCAUCUUCUAAAGAGGAGAAAUGUUCCCCAUGAAGAUAUCUGUGAAGAUUCUGAUAUCGAUGGUGACUUCAGAGUGCAAAACACUUCUUUGGAGGCAAUAGUACAGAACGCUUCAAGUGACAACCAGGGUAUACAGUUAAGUGCUGUGCAGGCAGCAAGAAAGCUGCUUUCCAGUGAUCGCAAUCCACCCAUCGAUGAUCUCAUCAAAUCAGGAAUAUUACCUAUUUUAGUGCACUGUCUUGAAAGAGAUGACAAUCCUUCUUUGCAGUUUGAAGCUGCAUGGGCUUUGACAAACAUUGCCUCUGGAACCUCUGAACAAACCCAGGCCGUAGUUCAAUCCAAUGCUGUGCCACUUUUUCUGAGACUGCUGCAUUCACCUCAUCAAAAUGUUUGUGAGCAAGCUGUGUGGGCUUUAGGAAAUAUCAUAGGUGAUGGACCCCAGUGUAGAGAUUACGUUAUUAGCCUCGGAGUAGUGAAACCACUGCUGUCCUUCAUCAGCCCAUCUAUUCCCAUAACCUUCCUAAGAAAUGUUACGUGGGUCAUGGUCAACUUGUGCCGUCACAAAGACCCUCCUCCACCCAUGGAAACCAUCCAGGAGAUCCUUCCAGCACUCUGUGUUCUAAUUCACCACACAGAUGUAAAUAUAUUGGUAGAUACAGUCUGGGCACUCUCGUACCUAACAGACGCUGGGAAUGAACAGAUCCAGAUGGUGAUAGACUCUGGAAUUGUCCCUCAUUUGGUUCCACUUCUCAGUCAUCAAGAAGUUAAAGUGCAAACCGCUGCCCUGCGAGCUGUGGGAAACAUCGUCACUGGCACCGAUGAGCAGACACAGGUAGUUCUGAACUGUGAGGCCCUCUCACAUUUUCUAGCACUUCUGACACAUCCCAAAGAAAAAAUUAAUAAGGAAGCAGUGUGGUUCCUGUCUAACAUCACUGCAGGAAACCAGCAGCAAGUUCAGGCAGUAAUAGAUGCAAACCUUGUUCCAAUGAUAAUACAUCUGCUAGAUAAGGGCGACUUCGGUACUCAGAAAGAAGCUGCCUGGGCAAUAAGCAACUUAACCAUCAGUGGAAGGAAAGACCAAGUGGCAUACUUAAUUCAACAAGAUGUAAUCCCUCCCUUUUGCAAUUUGCUGACAGUAAAAGAUGCACAAGUUGUGCAGGUGGUUCUGGAUGGAUUAAGUAAUAUAUUAAAAAUGGCUGAAGAUGAAGCAGAAACCAUAGCCAAUCUUAUAGAAGAGUGUGGAGGACUGGAGAAAAUUGAACAGCUACAGAAUCAUGAAAAUGAAGACAUCUACAAACUGGCUUAUGAGAUCAUCGAUCAGUUCUUCUCCUCAGAUGAUAUUGAUGAAGAUCCAAGCCUGGUUCCGGAAGCCAUCCAGGGCGGAACGUUUGGUUUCAACUCGUCUGCCAACGUACCAGCGGAAGGGUUCCAGUUUUAGAGUGGUAUUUUGGGAAGUUAGGUACAAUGCAGCACUGAAUAAAAACAAACAAAACAAAGGUUUGAUCCAUCAAUCUUGGCUCCUGGGAUCCGCUGCUGCAUUAAAUGGGGAAAGCAAACGUGAAGAUUUCAUUUGGAAUCACAGCCAAAAGCCCAAAUGAAGUCGAGCUGGCGAGUGGGUGCGAGUGAGAAUGAGUGGCAAAAUGUAAUGACAAACUUCACACUGAAUGCUUGUUUAGAUCGUUCCAAGACAAACACAAAGGGCUACAGGGUGAAAGAUCUUCAGUGCCUGAGAAAGGAACAAUGACUUCCUAGAGCAAUUGGGGGGAAAUGCAGUGCUCUCAUCAUCCAGCCUUGUAAGCAUAAGAGAAUAGGAUGCCCAUAUAAGUCCAAGGAGAACGAGCCCAGGCCUUGCUACGAAGCACCGUGUGAAUGGACACCGCUGAGUGAAUGUCUGGCCUGGCCGCUGUGGAGCCAGGCUCCUGUUUCACUCUGCAGGGCCCCGCAGCCCUGCCGGCAGGCUCCCAGCCCUGGCUGUGUGUAGAGUGUGGGUGUGACGCUGUCUGUGAGCGCAUGCGAGCUUGAGCCGCCUUCAGGGGGCUGACAACCAACCUAGGACAUCAUCCACCUGAGUUCUGGAGGGGGAACUUGACACUGGACACAGAGACCCGUUUAGCAGCAGACUCUGGUUUACUCCUGCAGCCUGUCUUUAGUUUGCUUUAUUUUUUUUUCCCUCUUUAUAUUUUUUUGGUCUUUUUUUCUCCUUUUAAUUCCCGUUUUUUUGUUGUUUUU